CUUUAGUUAGUUUGGCGGGUAACGUCUUGUAUCGCGGUCGUGCGGUUGCUACGGACUCCGUAUAGCCCCUUGCAGCAAGUUUAUGUGAACGUGACUAUACAAUGUCUAUGAAAAUCCAGAUUUUACGAUGGUUCGCCGUUGUAAACAUUGCCUUGAGAGUACAAGUUGAAGGAAGCAAAUCGAUACUUGGAUCAUACUGUCGAUCGAAUCUGGACUGCAAUGUGUCGCACGCGCACUGUAAUAGAGGUGUCUGCGAAUGCCAGCCUUAUUAUGCAAAAGUCGACAACUCAACAUGUAUAGAAUCGACGCUCCUGGGUUCGGAGUGCUUAGUUUCGGAGCAAUGCACGAUGAAGGUAGCAUUCAGUGCCUGCCUAGAAGGUGUCUGCCGGUGCACCGACGGCCAUUUGCAGUUCAGAAAACAUACCUGCCUCUCACCUGCACAACCAGGGCACGUUUGCUACAGUAACGAGCACUGCCGGUUAUGGGAUAAAGAAAGUCACUGCGAAUUUGUCAUACCAAAUCUCUUCGGACGAUGUGCCUGCAAUUCAUUCUUUAGACAAGUUGGCGAAAAAUGUUUAUCUCAAAAAUCACCGUCCUACAUUACUGAAGCUGUAAUUGCUGAGCAAGAUGUCUUCACUACAGAUACACGUAAUGGCUCAGUACCUCAGGACUCGGCUUUAAAAUUUCCAAAACCAACAAUGCAAUUGACAUCUGGAUCAGAAGAUCCGUUUGCAUCACAAAAUUCAGUUAUUGAUACUGACGAUGUCCAACCAAGCAAAUUACCCUUGUAUGCCAACAAAAACGGAAUAAGUACACAAGAAGAUAGCCCACUGAUGCAAGCUGUACUGAAAGUACCAACAGCAGAACCUCUGAAGCGUUUUCCGGUAUCAAAGAGAAAAGACGGAGAACCAAAUGAGACUAUAAGUGUGAACGAAUUAACGGCUAAUUUACACGCAAAUGAUCAGCCCAUAUACAGAGUAGUCACACAACCGUCCGUAGAAAAAAAGGAGAACAAGAAAAGUGGCAACUCAAAAGAACAAACUGGCAGUAAACAACAGAAGACUGGACAUCAUAAAAAGAUUUCUUCAUUAAAAGAUAAACAUCGUAUACGCACAGACGCUACAUCUGUGAUAGACCUCGGUCCAGCGUCGCUCGGCAUGCCAUGCUUAACGGAUUCUCAAUGCCACUCCGUGGACCCAUACACCAGGUGUUUGAACAAAAGAUGUGACUGCUCUUACAGAACUAAUUCUACUGGCUCUUGUUCUGCGCGCAAUAGGGGAUGUUUACCGGGGACGUUCCAGUGUCGAUCAACGGGUUCGUGCAUUAGCUGGUAUUUCGUGUGUGACGGCAGAAAAGACUGCCCCGACGGAUCGGAUGAAACAUGCGAAGGUACUGGUAAAGAUGGUACAGGCGAAAGAUGUCCGAUGCACGCGUUUAGAUGCGGAGGUCCAGGGUCCCGCUGCGUGUCCCGAGCAUCCAGGUGUGACGGCACACCGCAGUGCCCGGGUGGCGAAGAUGAGAGGAACUGCAGGGCGACCAGACGCAAAGGAUGCCCACGACAUACUUUCCGAUGUGGGUCCGGCGAAUGUCUGCCCGAGUACGAAUUCUGUAAUGCCAUAGUAUCCUGCAAGGACGGGUCUGAUGAGCCUCCUCACCUAUGCAACGAACAAUCCAGAUGGCGAGCCGCGGAUUUCUGUCCUCUCCGUUGUGGGAACGGUCGAUGCAGGAGCACAGCGGUGGCCUGCUCCGGGAGGGACGGCUGCGGAGACAAUAGCGAUGAGAUUGCCUGCAGCGUCUGUAGAUGUCCAGCUCCGCCACAUGUACCAUGAAAAUAGCGCAUCACAGUAAAAUACAAAGAAUUAGUAGCAAUGUGACUCAUUGAAGAAUCUCAUCUACAACACAACGACUACACACCAUAAGUCUAGCUUUUGGAAACUCGUCUAUGGAAUUGAAAAGAAAACGAAAGUACAUAAACUAAAAUUACCCUUUUUAAAAUUACAACGCAAAGAAUCGAAAUCACACUAAAUCUAAUUGUAGAGAUAGGAUUUAUU